GAGGCGGAGCCGGGCGGGGCCAGGCCGGGAAGCGGGCGGGCAGCGCGCAGCCGGCGGUGGGGGGUAGCAGGAGGGGUUCGGUCAUGGAUGCCAACGCGUUGGAGUUGGAUGCGGUGAAGUUCGCGCAGCUGGCGGUGCAGCGGGACCAGAGCGGGCGCUACCAGGAGGCCGUGUUCUACUACAAGGAAGCCGCACAAGCCUUGAUUUAUGCUGGCAUGGCAGGGUCAAGCUUGGAAAAUAUUCAGGAAAAAAUAAAUGAGUAUUUGGAGAGAGUUCAAGCUCUCCAUUCAGCAGUUCAGUCUCAGAACACAGACCCUCUGAAGUCGAAACAGCAGUUGGACUUGGAGCGUGCUCACUUCCUAGUUACACAGGCUUUUGAUGAAGACGAUAAAGGCAACGUGGAAGAAGCUAUAGAGCUGUACACGGAAGCAGUGGAGCUCUGUUUGAAAACAGCUGCAGAAACUUCAGAAGCAGGCCUGCAGUCAAAACUGAAACAACUGGCUCGGCAAGCAUUAGAUAGAGCAGAAGCACUGAAAGUAUCAAUGUCAAAGUCAUCUCAGAAGGAGAAGUCAACUGCUGCUAGACCAAAUCAGCCGGUCAGAACAUUCUUUCCUCUGGGACCUGAUUUUUCUUUAAAUGAUAAACCACAGACAAUCAGAGCAGUACAAGCUAGUGAAUCUCAAGGGCAGAGGUACACUGCAGAAGAGAUUGAAGUACUCAGAAAGACUUCAAAAAUUAAUGGCAUUGAAUAUGUCCCUUUCAUGAGCGUUGAUCUGAGGGAACGUUUUGCCUUCCCUAUGCCAUUUUCUGAUAAAUGUGGGAAGUUGCCAUUAUCCCCCAAACAGAAAGCAAUGUUUGCCAAGUGGGUGCGGCCGGAUGACAUAACAAAUAACCCUACGAUGAUUUAUACUGUAUCAAGUUUCAGCAUUAAGCAGACAAUAGUGUCAGAUUGUUCCUUUGUGGCAUCGCUAGCUAUCAGUGCUGCAUAUGAAAGAAGAUAUAACAAAAAGUUGAUUACAAGUAUCAUUUACCCUCAGAACAAGAAAGGAGAACCAGAGUAUAAUCCAUGUGGGAAAUACAUGGUGAAGCUUCAUAUCAAUGGGGUACCUAGAAAGGUGAUCAUAGAUGACCAAUUACCUGUUGAUCAUAAUGGGGAGCUUCUCUGCUCUUAUUCUAACAAUAAGAAUGAAUUAUGGGUAUCGCUAAUAGAAAAGGCUUACAUGAAGGUCAUGGGAGGAUAUGAUUUUCCUGGAUCAAAUUCCAACAUCGACCUCCAUGCGCUGACUGGUUGGAUACCUGAAAGAAUUGCUAUGCACUCUGACAAUCAAGCUUUUGAUAGAGAUAGCACUUUCAGAAUGCUCUAUCAGAGAUUUCAUAAGGGAGAUGUCCUUAUCACAACAGCAACAGGUGUGAUGUCUGAAGAGGAGGGAGAAAAGUGGGGUUUAGUUCCAACCCAUGCCUAUGCAGUCUUGGAUAUAAGAGAACAUAAGGGGCUUAGAUUCCUCCAGCUGAAAAAUCCAUGGAGUCACUUGCGUUGGAAGGGACGGUACAGUGAAAAUGACACAAGAAGUUGGACCCCAGAUCUACAAAAAUACUUGAACUUUGAUCCAAGAACAGCUCAGAAAAUAGACAAUGGUAUUUUCUGGAUUGCCUGGGAGGACCUGUGCCAGUACUAUGAUGUAAUUUAUUUGAGUUGGAACCCAGGUCUUUUUAAAGAAUCCACAUGUAUUCACAGUACUUGGGAUGCAAAGCAAGGCCCGGUGAAGGAUGCCUACAGCCUGGCCAACAACCCGCAGUACAAGCUGGAAGUGCAGUGCCCACAGGGUGGAGCUGUGGUCUGGGUGCUGCUGAGUAGGCACAUCACGGAUAAGGAUGACUUUGCACACAAUAGGGAAUUUAUUACUAUGGUUGUAUACAAGACUGAUGGCAAAAAAGUUUACUAUCCAGCUGAUCCUCUUCCAUAUAUCGACGGCAUUCGGAUCAACAGUCCUCAUUAUCUGACCAAGAUAAAGCUGACCUCUCCAGGGACCCAUACAUUUACAUUAGUGGUGUCUCAGUACGAGAAACAAAACACUAUCCAUUACACCAUCAGGGUGUAUUCCUUGUGCAAGUUUACCUUUUCCAAGAUUCCUACACCUUACACCAUUUCCAAACGGGUUAAUGGACAAUGGAAAGGUCACAGUGCUGGAGGAUGUGGAAACUUCAGAGACAGCUACAAAAAUAACCCCAUCUAUCAAUUCCAGCUGGACAAGAGUGGGCCGUUACUAAUUGAACUGCGUGGACCAAGGCAGUACAGCGUUGGCUUUGAAAUUGUCACUGUCUCAACAGUAGGUGAUCCUGGUUCCUAUGGCUUUCAGAAGAAGAGCAGUGGGGACUACAGGUGUGGAUUUUGCUACCUGGAAGUGGAGAACAUCCUGGCUGGAGUCUACAACAUUAUCCCCACCACGUUCCUGCCUCAACAAGAAGGUCCUUUUUUCUUAGAUUUUAAUAGCACUUCUCCUCUUAGGGUAUCACAGCUUCAGUGAGGAGACAGACGGGAUACAUGGCGUUUUAAGGAUGUACUAUUGAACUGCUCUGCAGUCUCAGAAAGGUGAAUAACUUACUGCAGAUCUGCAUAAAAAAAGAUCUCACUCCAAGUUAUAGCCAAGAGCACAGAGUCACCAAUUUGGCAAUUGAUCGUGACAGAAAAUUAGAUGUGGUUUUUGAUGCUAUAGUAUUGGCAUGAGCACUGUUGAGCAGGCUUGUGAACAAGCUAAAGUGUUAUACUCAGACAAACUGGAAGAACGUAAUUUGCUGCAGUUUUUCUACACUUCAAAUCAAAAUCUAGUGAGUUCAGAGAAAAACUAACACCAGAAUUCUCUUCUCCUAAAGUACAGGGUCGGUGGGUUGAAGAUUUUAUUCUGAGAUGUAAAAAUGUAAGAAAAGUAUUCUUGUGUAUUCUGCUUAUUCAUUCUCAGGCCCAAAUCUGUAGUAAAUGCCAUUUGUACCGCUGCCUUGAAUGUUUACAGCAUUGAAGCACUUCUCGCAUUUAAGUGUGAGUUCACUACUGCUGAGCACAUAUUCCAGACUGCCACUAUCCUGUUCAGCUUAUCUCAAGUAUGUACACAGGAGUAAAAGAUAAGAAAGAGCCCAGGUUUAGCUACUUCUAAAAAAGCGAAGGAUUUACCCUUACUACCUGCACUUUGAGAGCUGUUAUUUUGUAUUACUUUAAUAUACAUCAUAGCACAAGGUAGAUACAGCUUCCUUACUGCUUUUAAAGCUACCAGAGGAAGCUCUUUGCCCUUCUUUGUCUGCCAAGUUUUCAAGUGAAAAGGUGGCAUUUUAAGAGCACUGGUGCCACUUGUUUGUUAGGAAACCAAGCGUGUGCUACGGGAGAACUAGAAAUUCCUGGGGGUAAAAUUACUCCCCCAGAAGUCUCUGCCUUCUCCAGAUAGUCUGAGCUCCUUUUUACUUCAUCUCCACCAUCAGGCAGCUGGUUCAUAAAUGUCAGGCUUUCAAAGGACAGUGAGUACACAUGCCUUUUUGGACUGCAGCUCUCUCAGAGACCAUGUGGGCCUUGUGCUGAGCUUGUCACAGUGUGGCUUACCUUCUUUUGCAGCAUAUCAACAUAGGGAACAGGAGCAAAAACCCAUUAGGUUCUUUGUGGCUCUCCUGGGUGCAGUCAGUUGUGCCAAGGACUGUUCCUCCCUACAAAAUUUAAACUUCAUUUGCUUACGUGUUCCUGUGUUUUGCUCAGGUUAAACAGAGGUAUUUUAUCACCUGUGACAUCUAAACUUACAAGAGGCAGAUGCCAGAGCUGCCAACCUUCAGAACUAAACGAAGCUGUUGCCUCUCCCCAGCUGUUGAGAUCAAGCUGGUAGGCCACGGUAAAAUCAAGUUCCCUUCUGUACCAGGGUUCUGUUCUAGGGGAAGAGUUUCUUCUAUUUAUUUCUUUAGGCUUUUUUUUUUUUUUUUUUUUUUUUUUUUUUUUUCUCCACAAAUCUGGUAAAAUAAGUGAAAUAAGUGGUGUGAACUGCUCCUUAAAUUACAGCACAGCCUCAGGUGAAGACGUCGAUUACGUUGUUCUUUCCUUUACCUCAUUGCUAUAAUUACACCAUGGCAUUUCUUAUCUCUAAGGACAGAAUAUUAGAUACUGAGUUAAGACUGGAAAGCAAGACUUCCAGAAAGGAGUACAGGCUUUAGGGAGGGGAACUGAAGGAGCUCACAGCUGCAGCUUAAACUGGAGUGAGGGAACACUGCCCACAUCACUUCCAGCAUGACAGCUAUGACCCUCAGCUCUUAGCCUUUUAAACAUGAAAAUACAAGACCUCAUUACACUUACCAACAAGCAAUACUUCACUCUACGAGUGCACAGUAUGCGACAACUGAAAACUGUCUGAGCUGCAGAACAAGGCAGCCAAAUACCAAUGAAAGCUGGUUGUUGUGAGGAGCUUUAAGAGGAUUUGUGCUUUCCUUGAUUCACUGAGGGAAGAUGACAACAAACAGAUGAUUUUUAAUUCUCUGUCAUUGGUGCUGAGGGACAACUGGAGAGCCCUCUUCAGAAGUCUUAACAUUCUCCAUUCUUAUACACUGAGAAAGCUUUUCUGUAUUUUGGUAUGGGGUUUUUGUUUGUUUAAAGUCCUACCUUAAGCCUCCAUACAACACCCUGUGUGCUGCUGUUGAUAGCUCAGGGUGAGCCACCCCCUCCCAGCACACACAUCACUGGUUGUUAUGUUGGGAAUGUGUGGGAUGAGUCCUUCCUAAUCAGACCCAUCAGUUUUCCAAGGCUUUCUGCAGUGAGUCUGAGUUUCAGUCCUACUUUCCUGAUGCAAGUCUUACUGAACUGUCUUCUUGUAAUUACACAGUUAGUUGACCGUACAACCUAUAAGGUGUCGUACCAAUCAGCUGCUUUGAGUUAAAUCUAUGUACAGAACCAUAGAGGUUUUCAUCACUUAGGCAAACAAGGACAUAUUAAAUUGUGUGAUAAUGCCAAAGAGUAGAAGAAUUCCUACAUUAACUGUUGCUUUAUACAUUCGUGCUGCUCAUAAAUACUUUGAUACACGAGAGGCUUAUUUUUAUAUCCAUGAAGGCAGCUACUAUCACGUUACCACAUCAGGAUAUAUAAAGAUUCCAACAGAAAAGGAACUGGAAAAAGCUCAUUGAUUUGCCUGUACUCCCCGGUGAUGUAUGUUCAUUUAAGUUUGUCAUAUUUAUAAUUACAGCUUUUACAGAGUUUAAAAUAAAAUGAGUUUUCCAUUAAUUUAAUAGA